GCCAUGGCAACGUUGCACUUGUUCUUCCUUAUGGCGACCACGGUCAUCUUCGCCCUCCUCUUACUCCUCCGUCUCCGCCGGGGCCAGGGCGAUGGCAAGCGCCUCCCGCCCGGCCCGCCGUCCCUGGUUCUGCUCUUCAGCGCGGCGUGGCUGGGGCUGACGAGCUCGCCGGCCGAGGCGGAGCCCCUGCUCCAACGCCUGUUCAGGCGGUACGGCCCCAUCGUGUCGCUGCGAGUGGGGUCACGGCUGGCCAUCUUCGUCGCCGACCGACGCCUCGCACACACGGCGCUCGUCCAGCGCGGGGCCACCAUGGCCGACCGCCCCAGCUUCGCAUCGGCCAGGAUCCUCGGCGCCGACGACAACUACUCCGUGACCCGCGCCGGCUACGGGCCGGUGUGGCGCCUCCUGCGCCACAACCUCGUCGCCGAGACGCUGCACCCGUCGCGCGCACGCCGGUUCACGCCCGCGCGCCUCUGGGCGCGCCGCGUGCUCGUCGAGAAGCUGCGGCGCCAGGCCGACGGCGGCGGGGCGCCUGCCCCGGUCAGGGCCACGUUCCAACACGCCGUGUUCUGCCUCCUCUUGACCAUGUGCUUCGGCGAGAGGCUUGACGAGAACCUGGUGCGCGCCAUCACCGCCGCGCAGAACGACCAGGUGCGAUACAUGUUCAGCAAGAUGUCCGUCUUCGCCUUCCUCCCGUCGGUCGCCGAGCGCCUCUUCGCCGGACGCGUCCGGACAAUGCUUUCCCUGCGGCGGCGGCAGAGGGAGCUCUUUCUGCCGCUGAUCGACGCGCGCAGGGAGUACGACUACAAGGGCAAGAAACGCGGCGGCGAGCGCGAGCCGAGGCGGAGGCGGAGCAAAUCGGAAGAAACCACGUUGGAGCACGCGUACGUGGACACGCUGUUCGACGUCAGGCUCCCGGAGGAGGGCAACCGCCCACUCACCGACGACGAGAUGGUCAACCUCUGCUCGGAGUUCCUCACCGCCGGGGCUGACACCACCUCCACCGCACUGACGUGGAUCAUGGCCGAGCUCGUAAAAAACCAGGCCAUCCAGGAGAGGCUCUACGAGGAGAUCAAAGCCAGGACAAGAGACGACGAUGAAGAGGUCUCCGAGGAAGACGUCCAGAGCAUGCCUUACCUCAAGGCGGUGGUUCUCGAGGGCCUGCGGAUGCACCCGCCGGUGCACUUCGUGCUGCCGCACAUGGCAUCGGAGGACGUGGAGGUCGGCGGGUACCUCGUCCCCAAGGGUGCCACGGUGAACUUCAUGGUGGCCGAGAUGGGCAGGGACGAACGGGAGUGGGACAUGCCCAUGGAGUUCAUUCCAGAGCGGUUCUUGGCAGGCGGCCAAGGCAAAGUGGUGGACGUGACAGGCAGCACGGGGAUCAGAAUGAUGCCGUUCGGCGUCGGCCGGAGGAUCUGCGCCGGUCUGAACAUUGCCGUGCUUCACCUGCUCUACCUGGUGGCCAACAUGGUGAGGGAAUUCGAGUGGAAGGAAGCGGCCGGCCACGAGGUCGACUUGGCGGAGAAACUCGAGUUCAUGGUUGUCAUGGAGAAGCCGCUGCGCCCGCGCCUUGUGCCCCGAAAGCCCAACAUGCAAACUCAACAACACUUGUAAUAAAUAUU